UCCCUGCGACUAUUGCUGUCGCGAGUAGGCGUAAAGCAGAGAUGGCGCCUUCUCCAACAAAGAGGAAGGAGGAUGACAAAAGUAAACAGCGUGGUAAGGAGAAGUCAGAAACCAAAAAAGAGGGAACUGACAAAGACCGGGGCCGAGAGAAGAACCGAACCCGUCGCAGUGCUUCCAGUGGGAGCAGCAGGUCCAGCUCGAGCUCCAGCAGCAGCUCAGGUUCCAGCUCCGGAUCCUCCAGCGGCUCCAGCUCUUCAGCGUCCAGCCACUCGGGCUCCUCCAGCUCCCGCUCCUCUUCCUCCUCCUCGUCAUCGUCCUCGCCGAGCCCCAGCCGCCAACGCCACAACAACAGACGGCGCUCACGCUCAAAAUCAAAAUCAGCAAAGAAGGACGACAGAGAUCGACGGCGUAGGAGCCCCACACCCAAACCUACCAAGGUCUACCUGGGCCGGCUCACCAGAAACGUCAUCAAGGAACACAUCCAGGAGAUCUUCUCCACCUACGGCAAGAUCAAGAUGAUCGACAUGCCCAUGAACCGCAUCCACCCUCAUCUGUCCAAGGGCUACGCUUACGUAGAGUUUGAAACCCCCGAGGAGGCGGAGAAGGCCCUGAAACACAUGGAUGGAGGUCAGAUUGACGGACAGGAAAUCACAGUUACUGCCGUGCUGACUCCCACGGUGCGCCCCCCACCUCGCAGGCUGUCCCCUCCCCGCAGAAUGCCUCCCCCGCCCCCGAUGUGGCGGCGGACUCCCCCACGAAUGAGGAGAAGGUCUCGGUCUCCUCGGCGACGCUCUCCAGUGCGGCGCAGGUCUCGAUCGCCCGGCCGCCGCCGUCACCGGUCGCGCUCCAGUUCCAACUCCUCCCGCUAGAGAUCUGGAAACUCCCCGUCUUCCCCUCUCCAUCUGCUCCUCUGUUUUGUCUUUUUUUUUUUUUUUUUUCAGUGGGACAAAACAAACAGGAAAGAAAAUUCUGUGCUGUUACCUCAUUCAGUGAUGAGAACACAAAUACUGGAAAUAUUACUCACCCAGUAAAUAAUUUUGGCCAGUGUGGGCAUGAAAACAAUGUGAAUCUUAUCUCUCAGUCACCGGAUCUCAAAAGAUUUUGAAGCAACAGGUUAGACAGCGUUCUCCACCACCGUCAUCAAAACAAAAAAUGAAGGAGUAUCUCUGUCUCUGAAUCAAUGCCAAGGUGCACUGAAGCUGUUCUGGCACUUAAUGUUGGUUUCACCUUUAAUUUAUCACCUCUCUGUAUAUAUAAAAUCGUAAAACCAACACUAAAAUAUGUUUUAUUUCUAAAUAAAUUAAAAGACAAGAUAUUUUCCAGACAGCCAUUGUUUCCAGUGUAGCUUAAUUUUCUAAUGAACACUAUAACAGUAAACUCCAUCACUGUUGCUGACCCCUGCUGUAGGAAGUGAAAGUGGUUCCUCUGGAGACACGACUGUUUUGCAGAUAAAUAGAGAUUUCUCACUCUGCACUAAGUAUCUGCCGAGAAUAAGUAUGACUUCAGGAAAGUUUUAGCUGAAACAGCAAAUUAUCAGUGAGGAUUUUAGCGAGUAGGUGUAGCCCAAUGAAUAGACUUCUGAGGACACUGAUGUCAGUAUUUAGGAAUAUAUAGCACCGAAUACACACACGAUCCUUUCGUUUUUUCCCCCUUUUUUACUAAGAAAGGACAUUUUACUGUGAAAAUAAACCUGUUACACGCGCAGUUUUUAGUGAGCUACUAUUGGCCUGCUCGACUUAUCGCUCUACCUCCUGCUUUGGUGUUAUUUUGUGGAUUGUGCACACUAUUUGACUUAAAUCUACUACUGUGUCUA